CUUUUUUAUCGCAUAGCAUUCAAGUCAGCUGUUUCACUGACUUUUUAAAAUUUUUGUUUAUACGGCCAUGGCUAAGAGUAAAAAACAAUUACGUGAACAUUUCGCUGCCAAAGAAGCCGCUCAGGCCACCAAUGAUCAACUGGACACGUGUAAUGAUGCCUACACAAGUGGAGCAUUUCAAUAUUUACGAUUUGUUGUGCAUUUGCUGUCUGCCGCUCAAUUCUCGUAUGGGAUUUACUAUCACUACUAUCGAGUCCAUUGGCCCUCCGAUCUUGUCGAUGAGGAGGAGGGAUUGAAGACACGUUGGGGUGGCAAAUUCAAAUAUCUAACAUUCCUGGAUGUCAUCCUGCAGGCAUUCUAUCAUACUGUGGCACUAUUGAACGAUAUAUUUGGCGAUAAUACAGUGACACUUCAUUCAAAAUCAAAAUUACGUUUAAUACGUGAUUAUGUUUUUGCCACAUUCGCCUUUCCAGUGGCUCAUAAUGUAUGCAUUUCGUUUUGGGUCAUCUACGCUUGGGACAGAGAGUUGAUCUUUCCCACUGCACUAGAUGCCAUAUUUCCCAGCUGGCUAAACCACGUGGUACACACAAAUGUCGCCCUCUUGGCCAUUUUAGAUCUUUUUACCUGUUUCCGACGUUAUCCAGGCUUGGCCGGCAUUGUCGGUAAUCUCACCUUUAUGCUACUCUACAUCAUUUGGUUGCACAUAGUUCGCUAUUUCAGUGGACUCUGGGUGUAUCCUUUGCUGGAAGUAUUACCAUUUCCUUUCCGCUACCUGAUGUUGGCCGCCUUAGUCGGUUUCAAUUUGGUUUGCUAUUUCCUUGGCGAGUAUGCCAACAAGAUUGUCUGGGCACCGGAAUUAAAACUGCUGCAGCAGCAAAAGAUUAAACAGGGUUAGGUAGUUUCAAUAUAUAUAUAUUUUUUUUAUUUUAGUUACAACAAAUAUACGUAGAUGUAACUUUAAAAAAUUUUGUAAACUUUUGUAGGCACGAUUUUUUUGUUUUGUAAUACAAAAUACAUUCUUUCACUUUU